AUGGCUUCCAACGAAUCAAUAGACAAUCUGACCGGCAUCCUGAAGGGGCUGGUCAUCGGUGCCAGUGGGACAAUCCCUGGCUAUCAACAUGUCAAUCGGGCCCAGCAAUUACAGGAUUGCCAAAUUGUGGACAUGGAUUGGCUGCUCACAAAGAUCAAAGAGCAUGUUCCGGAAAGUGUUCAAAAGGAGAUACUUAAGGAGAAACAUGAAGACAUCAAGGCCAAAGGCAAAAAGCGUGAGCGAGGUCCUUCGCUCGGGGACGACGAAGGCACUUCUGCAAAGAAAACCAAGGAUGAAGAACAGAUCAACCUGGAGAAUCUGAUCGAACUGGUUGACGAGAAAUACCCAGACCGGAGUGCUACGCUUUCCGUCUGGCAGGACGAUACAGGGCUGAUAUGGGAUGCCACGUUGGUCAGAGCCUAUAAGAGAAAAUCAGUCGAAGUUGUGCGCAUCCAACUUCUCGUUGAUCGAAAGUUAGAAAUAUUCCACACAUGGGACUUGCAGUGCCGAUUUGGAUCAUCUAAGGAAUCAAAAUCAAUUGGAGAUGUGGGGACCUUCGAGUCGGCCAAGGAUACAUUCGAAGAGAAGUUCAAGCUGUUGAGUGGUCUAGCCUGGGAAGACAGACAUCAUGUUCCUACGUCAAAAGGCUGGAUUUUCCUUGAAUUGCAUCAUAGGGAGGCUCCCAUCUUCACCAGCGAGAUUACCACAUUACCUGCAAGCGUUGAAAAUGUUUUGAGCAUCAUAUUCACAACAGGAACUUUCAAAACCUACCUCGGAUUGCUAAACCAUCAUGGGCGUAGCAUCGCGCUCACAAACAAAGUGGAUAAGAAGAAACUCCUGAUAAGUAUUGCAAUUUUGGGCAAGCUGAUGGAACUCACAAACCCCGGGAUGGCGCUUGACAAACAUUCCAUAAUAAAGAGAAGAUUGUGCCAUAUCUACGAAAGCCUGAUUCUCACAAAUCUGCCUCUUUCUGGCACCAAUGAUACCGUCAGACAGGAACUGGAAUCCCUUGAGCUUUUACUCAAGUUGUACGAUGCCAGUGAGAUUCUGGAAAGAGAAUCCCGGUCUGAGCUCAUCGGUGUGUUCCGUCUCGAACGUCCCGGGGAAGCAGAGCGCUUCGCUCAGUGGGAAAAGGCAAACCUUGCUGAUAUCGGAGACCGACGGCUUCUGUGGCAUGGCUCAAUGUCUAGUAAUUUUGCAGGGAUCUUGACCCAAGGGCUGCGUGGCGAUGGAAUUGUCAGUACCGAUGGGAAGCACUUCGUUUCUGGGGUGUUCUUUGCCGACAUAUCCACAAAGUCGGCAGGAUAUUGCCGACUGAAAGGGGAAGCCUUGAUGUUGCUAUGUGAAGUCGAACUGGGCAAAUCUGCAGCCCUCUCUCGACACGUUAUUGGUGGCACUGUUCACAAAGCAUGGCGCGAUGCUGAAUACAUUCACCCAGAUUUCAAGGGGUCCAAGGUGCCAGAUGUUCACGCGGGGACAGUGACUGCAAGCCAUGCCCGGAGUUUUUACCACUCUGAGUAUGUCGCAAACAGCCCAGCACAGAUUCGUCAACGGUAUCUGUUCCAUGUCAAAAUUGUUUGA